CGUUUGAAUUUGAACUCGUUCGCGGCGCGCCGAGGUGCUCUGAGUGAUCUAGGACUUUUGACAGAUCCAAUUAAAGAAUUUUUCUUAUUCACGUUUUUUUAAUAAUAUUAACGUUACUUUAUUGUAAUCUUUAAAGAAAUUUUUCUCCUACAGUCGAGUGUUUCACGUAGAGAAUGUUGGAAAGGAAUUUGACACUUUUAACGGUACGCGUGUGACAGCUGUUCUCAUCGCUCGUGUUUAUUACUGUGACGUAUUUUUCGUUCAGUUUAAUCAUGAUGUUUCUUACGGAAUCGUCAUUUUGAAGACACUAUUGUACAGUGACGGUGAAAAUUGUCGCGAAUGCCAUUUCUGUGUUCGCGUUCGAUGAUCGAAGUUCCAAUGAAGAGAAGCAAAAUUAUUUUGAAUUUCACGCGAUCGUUUGUUAACUUUGAAAAUUACCUUUCUGAGGAUCGUCAUGAAUUCUUGGGCUGAUUUACGGUGAAUUAGUUGUCCGAAGGUUUUGCUUUUUACGUCGAUUCGUACGAUCGAUCUCGACGAUCCCUUUUAUCACGAUGGACAAUUCAGCGUACGUGCCGAAUCACCUUCCGCCACCAUCCUUGGUCGUGUUUUCCCAGGGCGGGGGUCUCCCCGAGGCCCUGAGAAUGCAAAGACCCUUCAAUCCACAAGUUGCAGAUUCCAAGGAACUUCAGGUACCGUUCAGUACCGCAGCAUCCCUGGGUUACGGACUUCAUCACAUGCUCCAUCUGCCACAUCAAUUUCUCCAUCCCCUGGACCCACGGCUACCGUUCAGUGCAUUCAGGCCACUGGGCCCGUCGGCCUUCGCGCCCCCCAGCAAGUGCCUCAAGGUCGAAACCGGAAACACGACGGUGUCCUCGGGAUUGGCCAGCAUCGGUUCACUCUCGAGCAUGUCGAACAUGUUCUCGCCGUCUUUGCCUUCCGGUGGCGUAGGCGGCGGAGUGCCCGGUACGGGAGGACCGGAAGCUGCGCCUCAGAGUCCAGCUGGCUCGACCAGCAGGUCGCCGCCCGGUACCGGGCCUGGAUCAGGUGUUGGAAAUCGCGGUGCUACUCCCGAGGAAGAGGAUAGGGACGCCAACGCCACCCCCGGCUCCGAGAACACCGAACGCUCUACCCCGGAGGAAGGCCGACCGUAUAGACUGGGGCCUGUGUUCGGGGGCCGAUGCGGCGCGGAAGCCCUCGGGCUGGGGCUGGGGCUGUCGCUGGGCCCGGCCUACAGGUUCGCUCUGCCCCCGGGACUCGCUGCCAAGACUACCCGCUGCCUUGUAUUCGACCAAGGCAAGAAGAAGUUUCCGUCAGAUCCUUCGUGUUGCCCGGUGUGCGGGGUGACGGUGAGACCUCAGGAGCUUGAGCAGCACUUCGCCCAGGAGAUGGAUCGGCUCUAUAAAAUAUCGGCCAGUUCACGACCAAGACCACCACGCUCGACGGCACCGCCAGGACAUCCUCAGGAUCAUCCGCAUGGACCCAUGCUGCACGCACCCUCGUCAGCGGACGGGACGCCUCAGGGUAGAUGGGAGACGUACAAGAGAAUCAAAGCGAACAGACAGGCGCGGAUCCGUGUGAAAAAUCGUAAGAGAAAAGCGGACGAGCCAUCCUGUCCUGUUUGCAGUGAGAGACUCUCAGGCACUCCUGAGGAAUUGAACCAGCACGUGGAGAGGUGCUUGAACAAGCACAACGGGAACCCAGCAGGGCAGAGCUCCAACCUGGACGACGAGGACGUCGACGUGGAGGGUGACGCGGAGACCUUCGAGGAAUACGAAUGGGCUGGUCAGAGAAGAAUUCGUGCGACGUCCAUGCUGGUCGGUGGAUUUUCCGCUGCGGGUCUGGCCACGUCCUCGAGCAAUCGCGGCGGCAGCGCCAGUGGCGGUGGGAAUCAGCAGGACGAGGAAGACGUUGACCUCGUGGUAGACGGCGAUGAUGCUGCCCAGUUCGGACCAGCCCAGUACUCCGAAGCCGACGUAGUAGCUCCCCGGGUGGAUGGGACUCCUCGUGAACAGAAGGAACGCGAAGCCUUACGGGAAGCCGUCAUCUCGCCAAAUGCCCCGCAUACGCCGCACACGCCUCCUGGCGAUCAGCAUCAUCCGACUGGAGUCGAGGUCAAACCUGAACCAGGUACCACGACCCCGUUGACGCAGCCGAACGAGAACGAGGAACCCGAGAGGAAUUCCCCGGCAGUACCUAGGGACGGUGAGACUCCGGUCGUGGAAGCACUGAGAGGUCGCAUCCGCGAGCUGGAAGCUGAAAUGCGUGGACAGCCGUUCAAGUGUCUCAUUUGCAUGGAGCAAUACAAGAAGCCUGUGACGUCGGUAUGCUGCUGGCACGUGCAUUGCGAACAGUGUUGGCUACACACGCUGGGCGCGAAAAAGCUCUGUCCACAAUGUAACAUGAUUACGUCGCCGGCGGAUCUGCGACGGAUUUACAUGUGAAACCUUCCAAAGAAUGACGUCACGCGAGAGCUGAUUUACACGCGUUUCCUUGCUCCUAUCAAGGAACCUAAGCUCGUUCGACCUGAGAUCGAUCGAUCGAGAGAUUUGAUCGACCUGUCAAAAAAUGUAUGAAAAAAAGAGAAGAAGAAGGAAACACGCCACUUGUAUAUUUGUAUAUUACGUUAAACUAACGAUUUAAAUACCGUUACGUAUUUAGCGCUUAGUAAAUUAACUUUUAGAUUGUAACGUGAACGCGUAUUAUUGUCAUCGAUCCGUUCUCUCAUUAUUAUUAUUAUUAUUAUUAUUAUUAUCGUUGUUAUCGACGAAUUUCACCAUUCUCCUUAUCACUGUUCUCAUCACCAUCACAUCACUCUUCAUUACUAUUGUUAUUGUCAUUGAUCGAUACCAUUUAGUCAACGGAAAUGCACUGUCACCCGUGAAAUUUUUUUCUUAGUGCACCGAUUUAUCAAUAAAAAGGGAAAAAAUGAAAAAAAAAAGGAGGAUAAUAAAUUCGAAAAUACACGUGUCCAAUGCCUCAAGUACUUAAACACGUGUGACGUUUGAAAUGACAAGUAGAGACGCUGGACGUUUUUUUUUUCCCCCGAAAGGUGCGUUACGAUGAAAAUACCUAAUGAAGGUUCCUUCGCGUCGAAGAUUUUUGCGAAUUAACUUAUUUUCUAGAAUAUUUAUUUUUGAGCCUUUUUCGCGAAUGAGUGAAUGAUCGAGUGACGUACGACGAUAGGGAAAAAAUUGAGGAGAGGCUGUGCAUCUAAGAAAAUGAAAAUAACAAAGGGCGACUUCAAGGCAGCACAAAGCUGUACGGAUAAAGAUAUUUUUUUUGUGUUUUAACUCGAUCAGUAAAAAAAAAGUGUAAUACAUUUUUUUUUUUCGAUGUAUUCGUUAACUUUGUUCUUGAACCUUGCUGGUUACGAGUCGCUGAUAAUUUUGUAAUUGUCAAGCGGGAAAUUCGAACUUGGCACUUUUUGCAUUUGCGUAAAAACGAUAUUUCGUGCCUGAUUCGUCCGUAUACGGUGAGAGAAACGAAUCACGUAUUUCCCCUGCGUGCAAAAGCCUGACUCGAUUUUCAAAAUGUUACAGAAAACGUAAUAACUUUUUUUUUCUUUUUCAUUUUGCACUUUCACAAUCAUUUUUUCUUUAUUUUAACAAUUGCUAAGACUUCGUAUACAUAACAAAAGACCGUCUACUUUAACUGCGAUAAAAUUGUCUUACUGUACGUUUUGUGAUGCGUCGAAAAAAAAAAAAAAAGAAGCACGCACGUGGGGACAUGUCAAACAGUUAUUAAAAAUUUCGAAAAAAAAAAAAAAACUAACAUGUAAAUACACGGCGCUACGAUGCGUUAUAAACACAAAGUUGUUCUGUACUCAAUAAAAACGACCAUGGAAUGUAA